AUGUCCAGAAUAUUUAAAGAAGCCGCCAGAUGCUUGGUAUUGUUUAUUUUUUGGGCUGUGCACCUUGGUGUAAUCUGGCAGAUACAUGGAGAGCUAGACAUAGAGCAGCUAGAAAACUGGUGUGAGCUACAGAGUGGUGAUAAAUAUCCAUGGCACAUAAAUCCCAAUGGCAUUUUAAAUUUGCUGCGAGGUUAUGUUUAUCAUGUAGAUGGGUAUAUCUAUAACAUGCGAAUGUAUGCGCCAGAAAUUGAUAGAAAAUAUCUUCUUGCUAUUAAAAUGAAGAAUUCUGAUGAGGUAGAGUGUAUAUUUACAUCAGACCCCCACAAAGACAAACUGCAUGGCAUGUAUCAAGAUGGACCGGAAAAAAAUAUAUAUACAUAUAAGUUCUAUAGUACCCUGCUGGCUAUGUUUUCAAUUGAAAACGAUGAGAUAUCUAUAUAUAGCAAUAACAGUCAAAAACUUUCUAACAUUCUAAGACAAGAAAGUGUGAAAGAUUAUGCCUGCUAUUUUCUUGCUGCGCUUCUAUUAAUUUCAGAAGGCAUCCAGCUGCCGCUUAAUAUCUUUAAUUCUUCAAUAGAGGAAAAAGAAACAAAAGAACUUGUUUUACAGAAAACCAAUGAGAAAGACUAUUUUAGAAUUUGCUUGAGCGCACGGGAUAGCACAGAGGGUGGUGAAAAACGCAGCUCGCCCAAAAAACUAGGAAUAUACGCGAUGGAAAUUGCAAAAAGCGCCCUAGGCAUGCAGGAUAUACAGGAAAAUGGAUGGGAGAACAAUAGUGCAGAUAUAAUAGAAAAUAUAGUUAUUUUCUUUAAACAAUGCACAACCGAUGCGAAAACAAAAAGUAUAUGCGAGUUAGCAGAGCCCGAAAAUAUGGUGCAGUUUAAAAGAGGACUAUUUUUAAAAACUCCACAAUUUUUGAUACAGGCAUACAUAUAUAAGUUUGUAGAAAGUAUAGAGGAGAUAGACCUUUUUCAUAGCGCUGUGCAUGAAAUUCUUACAAACUGCCUAGAGAACCCAGGAGAUCUCUUGCCAAAAGAUGCGCAGAACAAGGCCCUGGCAGUGUACAAAAGAUGCUUUGUGCCGAUAGAUGAGAUAACCACAAAAGACAGGUGUGCCUUUAUAGAGCAGUUGGAAAAGUUGAAGGAAAUGUACAUGAUUUUUGGGAUUGAACAGAUAGUGCCAUUUGCAGAUACUAUGCAGCUUCCUUAUAGCAUGAACAUUUUUCCAUAUAACCGAGAGUCUGGCUUGUUUAUGGAAGACCGUGCGCGCUUUACAGAUUCUGUUGAAACUUCUAUCUAUAUUCUUUUUUGCUUUCUCACAUAUAAUGCAUACGAAAACCAGUACACAACUGUUCAUAUGCACAAUGCAUCUUAUGAACUAAUAGAAUUCUUUAAAAAAUACUACAUCCCAGAACAGGAUGAAAGCAUGGAGGUACACAGAAACUGGAGCAGAGUGGUUUCUGAUCUACCUAAUAACAACAUUAUAUAUAAAAAGAAUGGAAAUCAGCUCCAGCCCGGUAUUUUAAAUAUGCUUUUUCUAAUAGAAGAAAUUACAGGCAAGGCAGCGAAAAGCGAAAACACACUUCUAGAGCUAAAAAGUUUAUUGUGCCUGCCUAAUAAUAUAAAUCCUAAAUAUUAUAAUGAAUUAUUAGCCAUUUACAUAGAAAGGCUUUUUAAAAGUCUGUCCUAUAAUCUAUUCUUGUCCGUGUGCUGCACAAACUUAUGUGUUUUUCAGAGGAACAAGAAAGAGCGUGAUGUUUCAGGGAAUAUCCAUAUGAAAUAUACAUAUAUUGGUGUUGAAAGACAGCUAGACAUCUGUGUUAAGAAGAGCGGGGUAUCCUUAAAGCUUUUAUCUGAUAGAACUUCUUUUUCAAUUUCAUGCAGAAAAUCCUUUUCCAACAUAAAAACCUUCUGGGAGGAGAAGAACACUUUUUUAGGAAAUCUUCUGGCAGCGCACACCUGCAACUAUGAAAGAAGGCUUGACUACACAUCGGAGCCUUCUUUUAUUUUAGAGAUGAUUGCAAAAGACAUCAUAGAGCAGAAAACUUUCUUUGUGAAUGCGCUAUUUUUACUAGGAAAGCUUAACACGUUUUUAUACAAAAAACUCAUUAUUAUGGGGGCACUUAUUCCUUUUAGCUCAGAAGAAUUAAAUGCAAAUCAUCUAAUUAUUAGGUUUACAUCAAACAUUCUAGCAAACAUGCCAUGUAAAUCUUGGAAUGAAACGCGGCAGCUUCUUCUUCCCAUUUUAUAUAUAAAAGAGUAUAAUGGGUGCUAUCCAAAUAUCCAUAUGGGCAAUGGAGUGCCUACUGCGAUUGCAUUCAGAAAUCCAGGAAGUCUUGAAAUAUUUAGACUUUCUAUAAGAAUCGGGACAAUUAAAGUUUUUCAUCGCUGCCUAAUAGUAUGUAAAACUCUUGAUGCACAUAAAAUAGGCGCGUAUUGCCCCUUCUCAGAUACAAAAGUAAACAGAGAAGUAUUCAGGCAACUAGUGAUAUGGAGCAAGGAUGUGGGAAUGUCCUAUAUUAUGAACAAGACAGAAUAUGUGCUGAAUAUGCGAGGCAUUAUACGAGAGGAGCACAACAGAAUCUACUUAUCCUGGCUGGCAUAUUUAUGUGACGAGGCAGAGUAUGACCAGAAAACAAUUGAAAAAGUCUAUGAUAGAAUAUAUAUUAAGCACCCUCUUUCAGCACAGCUAAGCAGCAUUGACCGUAGUUGCGAUUUUUCAAAUGUAAUUAGUGCUCUGUCCUCUAUGCGCACUGUAUUAGUAAAAAAACGACAGGCAGCGAGCAAGUUUAACCACAUUCAAGAGUUUUAUCGUUUUCUGCAGAAACAAAUAAUAGUUACCGAGCUAUAGUCCUAAAAAGAAGAAUGUCUAUUUCAAUUUCAGAUCAUUAUAAAAAGUAUGCAGAAAGGCUUGCAUUGGCAUAAAUACAUCUAAAUGUUAACUCUAUACAUGCCUAUCAACCGU